AUGGUAAGGUCACAGACAUUCAGCAUCAUGUUAACUUGGUGCUCUCUCUUUAUGUCUCAUAUCUCCCAGCCAAGGACCAAUCCCUCUCAGGGGGAUGAAGAGAAAGAUCGUCUAAAGAGCCACCCUUACUCUGUGGAGACCCCGUAUGGCUUUCAUUUGGACUUGGACUUCCUCAAAUAUGUGGGAAUUGAGAAAGGACACACCAUCAAAAGGAUUCCAUCCACAGAAAGCAAGCAGGCUAAGUUGUACUUGCCUCGACACCUUCAGCCCUUCCCCAAUAGUGGGCCUCGCACCCACGCCGCUUCUCCCCAGCAAAAAUGGUCUCCUCUGGUGCCCAGAAAGAUAUCCCUGGGAACCCAGGAGCAAUCCCGGUCAUUGCCACUGGGUGAUGUCUCCGGGGCCUCAGCGCAUGGCAGUGAGCGCUAUCACAGGAAGACCCUUUUGGCAGAGGCUACCAGGCAGGCGGAGAUGGGCCUCUGGGAGAUGGUGGGAGUGGACGGCACCCAGCUUUUGAGGGCAUCCAGCAUGCCUGCUACGCUGCUGCAGAACCGAGCCCCCGAUGAGUCCGGUCUGACCUCAGGUCCUUCCGUACUUCUUGCCCUCCCUCAGCUUCAGGGGAAGCACGGUCGUGUCUGUGAUGGUACCUUUGACCCCACAAAAGGCUUCACAGGUUUUGAAGCAAACCCCCAGUCAACAGACAGAGAGUUGGGAGAGCUGGAACCAGCAAUUCCAGAGCUGGUCUGGGAGGGGGCUGAGCCUGAAGAAGAUGACAUAAAGGCUUCAAGUCACCUCUCUCAGCCAGGUCUCCCUCCUCAGUCCAGAACUACCAUGGUUCUAGGGGAUGUGGAAAUCAGCACAAGUCGUAAGCAGAGGGGGUGUUGUUAAACUCCUGGCUCGUCCACGCCCAGCCCACCCCCUCUGCCAUCCCCCAUCCCUGAGAAUGAGCUCUCCCUUGAGGAAAUUGAGCUCAAUAUCAGUGAGAUCCCACCUCCUCCACCCAUCGAGGUGGAUGUAAGGAACAUUGGUAUCCAGGCAACAGAGGAAAGCCUGGGCCUGGUAGAGACAGACUCUGGCAACACCUCCAGCCUGAAGAAUCAGAUCUCGGCCCUUGAGGACAAGCUGUCAGGAAAAACAGAGGAGAUUGCCCAGGUCAGAGCUGCCCUCACGCAGCAGCAAGAGGAGACCAAGGCUAGGGAACAGAGGAUUAAAGAGUUAGAGUGUGCUGUAGCCCAGUUAGAAGAAAAGUUUAGUCAAGGGAAGGACAGCAAUGCUCUGGACCGGACUGACGCCGCGGUGAACACUGACCCUCUCCUUGAACUCAUCCCCAGAGAAUCAUGUGACAAGAACAUUGGUGUCAACCUGCUGAGAAGCCCAGAUCCUGAAUGCUGGGCAUCUAGAGCAGAGAAGAAUGGCUUCCCAUGGGUCCAUAAUAGUCACAAGCAAGGCCGUCAGAGCCCUGAAGAGCCUGUGCUGCUGUCCCAAGUGUCACUGUCAAGGGGACCUGAGCAGGUCCUUGCCUCGUCCUUAGUAGCUGCCUCUCUCAUGGAGCCUCAGGAUCGAAGAAAGAUAGAUUUAUCUUUGAGCAGGAGAGAGGCCACACAGGCGGGUGGCCGAGGACAUGAGGCACGGCCGACAGGAGUAUCCUGGAGCAGCCACAGAGGGACUGCAGCGGUUGAUCAGGGAGGGAGGCCAGCUCGGAACUCCCAUGGGGCAGAGCGUCCAGGAAGGACGGCGAGUUCGCCGCAGGACGCCACAACUGGGCAGUAUGUUAAGAAGAUCCAGGAAUACUGCAGGACGCAGUGGAACUGCCUGGAGCAUGGGUACCCCGAGCUAGCCAGUGCCAUCAAGCAGCCUGCCUCCAAGCUCAGCAGCAUCCAGAGCCAGCUGUCAGUCUCCCUCAACCUACUGCUCUCUGCCCUACUCAGCCAGGCCCCAGAGCAGAAGGAACCUCCUGCCCCUCCCUCUUCCACCACUCCACCGUCACUGGAGUUGGUGCAGAGCGCAGCAUCCAGAGACCUGAAGUUCUGCCGUAACGUUCCAUGUGCACGUAGAUCUCUCCGUCGACCAGCCAUUAAAUCCAUAAUUGAAAAAGAACGACUAUGCUUCCGUGCGGAGGUAAUGGGACCAAAAGAACCUCAGUUUGUUGGGGUUAACGGUGGCUAUGAGACCACGUCCAGCGAGGAGACCAGUGGGGAGGACACCUCCCCUGAGGACGCGUCUGACGGUGAGAUUGAGAAGAGACGUGAUUGCUCAGAGCCCAGACAGGACAGAGACACACAUCCCGCCCGUGAGACUGGGCAAGGUGUCACGGAAGGCGCCGGUAACUCAGGCCAGACAAGUGGGUCUGGGGAGGAGGUCUCUCACCUGAGGCCUGAGAGGUGUAAACCCUCAGAGGAAUUUCUUAACGCAAGCCAGGCACUAAGCCAACACCUGCCAGAAACCGGGGCCACCACCGAUCAUCUCCUGGCAAAGUCGAAUACCAUCAGCCAAGAGUGGUUCCGUGGUCCAGCCAGGAAGUUAUCUAGCCCUGCCGUGGUGGCCGCUUACUCCUCGAGGUCCAGCCCUCGUUCCCCACAUCUUCUGAAGCUGCUUGUCAACCUGGCUGACGCGAGCGGGAACACAGCCCUUCACUACAGCGUGUCUCAUUCCAACUUCGCCAUCGUGAAGCUGCUGCUGGACACAGGUGUCUGCAACGUGGAUCAUCAGAACAAAGCUGGCUACACCGCUGUGAUGAUCACUCCCUUGGCUUCUGCAGAGACAAAGGAAGACAUGGCUGUCGUCUGGAAGCUCUUGCAAGAGGGGAAUGUAAACAUCCAAGCCACCCAGGGGGGGCAGACUGCGCUGAUGCUGGGGGUUAGCCACGAUCGGGAGGACAUGGUCCAAGCGCUACUGAGCUGCCAGGCAGAUGUCAACCUGCAGGACCAUGACGGAUCGUCUGCCCUCAUGCUGGCCUGUCACCAAGGCAACGCCGACUUGGUGCGACUGCUCCUGGCACAUCCAGCCUGCAACAGCAGCCUGACUGACAAGGCUGGCCGAACAGCUUUGUCCAUCAUCCUGAAUUCACCUGCCCAUGUGGAAAUCGCAGAACUUCUGCAGGCCCACUUGGAGCAGGGCACUUCCCUGGGGCUGUAGAAGCUGCAGAAGAGCUAA